UGGGUUUCACGAUUCGCAAUCAAAGAUGUUUUUGGAGAGAACAAAUUUUGCUCUCAUAAUUUACCACCAGAGACAUACAAAUCAAAAGGUUCAAUAAUUCAAAUUGACUUUCAACUACAAUCUUUUUUGUGGACUCAAAGCGUUGAUAAAACUGAAGGAUUUCGACUACAUUAUCAAUUAACUAACCACUAUCUUGAAAGGUAUACUACUGACGUUAAAGGCUCUAAAUCAACAGCCUGUUCAAAGUUUUUCCAAAAAUGUUACACUGUAAUCUCUGAGGAGGUUUCUUGGGAUACCGCUAAUACUAAUUGUCGUGAGCGCAAUGGACAUCUUGUAACUAUAGCAUCAAGAACAGAAAUGAAAUACAUCCAAUACUUACUUCGACAUCAGUUAUAUAAUAAGAAGAAUACAACGCUCAAGGACAAAGUGGACAAACAAGAAGUAUUUGGGGCUCAUAUUGGUUUACAGCGUGUGUUUGAUAAACCAAAACAGAGAAAGAUAUUUACAUGGAUUAACAACUACACAGUAACUUUUAGUGCUUGGGAAAGCGGACAACCUUCAACCGGGGAGUGCACACGGACUUCAUUCGAGUAUUUUAACACCGACGAGCUUUGGGCCACUGAAGAUUGUUUUAGUAACAUAGUUGACUUUUUCAUCUGUGAAAAGCCGUUUCCAGUGGAUGGGGAAAACAGAAAGCCUCGCAUUAAGCAAGAUCAGUGUAAAAGUGUUUAUCUAAAUGAAGACAUUAUUGCAUCACCUCACUCUGGUAAAACUUGUCAAAAUUGGGGAAACCUGUCCGGCAAAGCUGAAAGAGAUUUUGACACAAAUUCUUACAACCGCAAAUAUUUAACAAAUUCAACUCUUUGUCAGGAUCCUUCAAAUCAAAACAUUUUAUGGUGCUAUGUUAAUGGUACUGGAGAAUCUAUCCGAGAACCGUGCUAUUUGCCUCAUAAAGGUUUAACUACUAUGCCUGAAAAGAGAUUGCCUGAUGUAAAUUGCUCUGAUGGAUCUGAAAUAUCUAUGAUAAAUUGGUGUGAUGGGGAUUUUGACUGCUCAGACUAUUCGGACGAAUUGUCAUGCCAAAGUGAUAUUCAACAACACAACCUCACGAAUAUUGUAAACAUAAUGAAAAAAUCUCACCCACCCCAACGAAGCAAACGCGGGCAACAUUUCAUGUGUGAAAAAAGCAAGGAGUGGAUAUCCACGUUAGCUUUAUGUGAUAACGUCAUCGAUUGUCUUGAUGCUUCGGACGAAGUCAAUUGUUCACACAGAAAAAUAGGAUGUGAUGACAACGGGUUUUUGUGUGAUGGGGGAAAUUGUAUAAAGCUAAAUCAAGUAUGUGACUUUAUAUCCGACUGUACGGACGGUACAGACGAACUCUGUGAUUACCGAAAGUGUGAAGGAAAUGAAUUUACCUGUACAAAUAAACAAUGCAUUCCAGCAGAGAAAAAAUGCAAUGCUAUAAUUGACUGUUUAGAUUAUAGUGAUGAAAUGAAUUGCGACUCCUGUAAGAAGUCGUUUCUCUGUGCUGAUGAAUCCAAAUGCAUCCCUCGCCGGCUGACAUCUGAUCGCUACUCAGACUGUAAGGACAGUCGUGAUGAAAAGCUUUGCAACGGAUUUAUUCAAUCAUGCGUUUACUUCAGUGGUGAAUAUCUACCGGCAGGAAAAGUCUUUACACCUUAUACUAUUUGGAAUUAUCAGUUGGAAGGUAACAAAUCAGGAAAACAUACCUUUUCAAGUCAAAGUAACAGUCUAUCCGACCUUGGUUUUUCAUAUCCGGGUGUACUAACAGAGGACUUUUCCUGUGUUUUAAAGGUACAAACCGAUUGCACGUUCAACUUUCGUGAAGCAUCCCUAAUUGACAAUUUCAAAACCGAUUUUGCAUAUCCGUUUUGUGAGUGCACAAUAGAAACAUUCAAAUAUGAUUUUCUAAGAUUGGAUUGGCAUUUGCUGUCGGUGACGAGGUGCGAUGGAAGUGAAAUCACGCGAUUACACGUUGAUGAAGAAAGUAUUUAUCCUAAAAUCACAAUAAUUAUUGAUUUAAACUUCGAAUCAACAAGUGACUUAUUACACCAAACAAAACUACCACCUUAUUGCACUUACGAGUACAAUGUGACCGAAAUUGGGGACUUCAUCUUCUUUUGUGAAAGAGAUGACAAGGUCAUACCAAGGGCAAUGAUGUGUAUUUAUGCCAUAGAUGCCAGCGGUUACAUGACUGGAUGCCGAUCUGGCGACCAUUUACAAAGUUGCGAAAAUUUCAGUUGUCCUGUAAAUACAGUUAAAUGCCCAGGAAGUUAUUGUAUUGAACAACGAUUUUUGUGUGAUGGACACAUUGACUGUCCUAGAGGAGAGGAUGAACAAGAUUGUAGUAAGUGUUUAAGAUAUAUACUUUUGUUUUCAUUUGUGAUGUUUGUUUAAAACCACUUUUACUAU